AUGCAACGCCUGCAACCACUGCAACCACUGCAACCACUGCAACCACUGCAACCACUGCAACCACUGCAACCACUGCAACCACUGCAACCACUGCAACCACUGCAACCACACAUCCCUCAAGUCCUUCGCCUGACAAUUGUCAAGUUCUCCCAUACCACCACUGCCAUCGACCACAUUGGUCCCCUGAAAUGGAAUCAUGUCACUGGCAAUGGAGACCUGGUUUGCAUCUUUGAGAAGCUUCAGGGCACUACUUCUGUGCCAGCAACAUUGAUCCAGCGCGUGGUUCGAGGCGAUGUCAUCCUGGAGAAUGUCAAUCUCACAAAUCUUGUUCAAAUGACUGCAUCGAGGACUCACUCGUUCUCAAAUCGCACAAUGCCCAAGUUUCCCUUUGCGGCUGUUGUCAAGCUACCUUGUCUUGCAAUCAAAUAUCCUGAAGGCGGGACCCAUAUCCGUCGAUUCCAGAUCAAGUUCACGACAGAAAGCGACUACACCACCGCUCUAUCCCUCUUGAGCGAAAUCGGAUGUCCGCUGACCGAAGGCAGUACACCUGCUCCACGACCAACCCCCUCGGUAUCAUCAUGGACAUCGGGCCAUCUUUCCCAUACACCGAGGGUUGUGAACCCAUCAACGUCAGUCGGCAGCAUUGGCGCCCCAUUCAAUCAUAUCGGAGCAUAUGGAUCUCAAAGAACCACACCCCUUCGAGCAUCAUCCCCCGCGAGCACUGUAUCCUACGCUCCCUGUAGAUUCGGUCCUUCUCCGCCCACAUUCAACCGUCUAACCCAAAACAUCGAACUAGCUGCCAUGGCUCCAUUGCAGACAAUUCAUGUCCCCCAUGCACUAUACCAAGUACCGGAACUAUCCAGCUCUCCGCUAUCCACAGUUUCAGCAAUCCACAACAUCGACCAGCUGAACCAGAUGCUCCCUCCCAAGCGAGAUUUACCAUUUCAAAAGCCACCGACAAAGAAUCCCCGUUCAGCCAGCUUGACUCAAACUACAGAAAGCAGACCUCAGCCAGGUCCAUUCUCAAGCUCGCAGCCUACAGAGUCAGCCAGGUCCCAAGAGCGAGUUCGCCAUCCACUCCAUGCAGUCAUGCAGUCCGAUCCAUCAGAUCUGGAUACCAGCUUGCUAGAGUGCCAGCCUCGUCCUUCCUCAGAGAAAGGCUUAUACCCCGAUGUGAGCCAGACAUCGCUCGCCUACAGGGACCUCCUCACAACCCAAGAGGGUGCAAGUAUCAACAGAGCAGUCGUGCACUCGGCCCAGAAACCCAGUAUCGAGAAAACACCCCAGUUACGCACUCAAAAAGAUGCAAACAAGGAAAUCAACAACACGGACGGUACGCAGGACCAACUCCUUCCUCUACCUCUACUUCCAAAUCCAAAUCCAGCAAUCCCAGCACCAGCACCGCACACAGCCGCCGUCAUGCCAGAAGACUAUCUCGCACGAUACCUAACCGCCCCCACACCGGAACGAGUCGCCUUUCUCGAGAACUGGAUGUGUGAGCUGAUCGAAGAUGACAGGUUUAUGACUCUGUGUCAGGACGUGGAGGGGACAUGGAGGCGGUUUGCGUUUGGGAAGAAGUAA